AUGACAUAGACUAUCAACACUGAUUUAUUAUUAAGAAUGAGUACUCUUAAUUAAGAUUUUCAAUUAUUAGCUACAAAUACUAAUUUGUUUAUGAGAUCAAUAAAGGAGCAAUUGUUACUAUAAUAAUAAGAUAAUUAGACUAGUAGAUAAAUCUGCGAUCUUAAUACUUAAGUAUAAAAUAAUAUUAAUUAGAAUGUUUGUGAAUUGAAGUGUCAUUUAGAUUAAUCAGUAGGAAAUCUUUAUAAGAAAUAUGAAGAAUAAGUUAAUCGUAAAAUAAUGGAGUUUGAAUGUAUUUAAAAAUAAAAAGAAAUUUCAGAAUAAAAUAGAAUUAAAGAAUUAGAGUAAAGAUUCAAUUAAUAUGAUGAAAUUAUAAAGGAAUUAGAUAAAAAAUGGGAAUCAAAAUCUAAUGAUCGAUAUAUUGCAAGUAUUAUUUAAAAGAAUCUAUUAACUAACUAAAAUAUAGGGUAAUUUAUAGUUGAUAAAGUGUUGAAAUUAACUGAAGAGACUAUUUAAAAUAAACUAGAUAAUAAUUAAAAGUUAAUAGAUGAAAGAAUCACAAAUCAAUUUCAUUAGAUCUCUAAUUAUUAAAUUUAAAUAAGAAAAUAUGAAUCCAAAUAUGAACAAAUACAAAAUCAACUUAACAUAUAAAAAGACUUUUAGAUGGAUUUUCAAAAAUAAUAAUAAAACAAAAUACAUAUAUUAUAACAUCAAAAUACUUUAUUUAAAGAAGUUGUGUAAUAAUAAGUUCAUAGGUAAAUAAUUAAUCAUUUAAAUUAGUAUAAUAGAAUAAUCAUAAUUAUGCAAUCUAAAUAUUAAAGAAUUAAGAGAAUAAAUGAUAAAGUAAUUUGAAGAUGCAACUUAAGGUAAGAAUAAUAAUAAUGAAUAAAUUAUGCAAAUUUUGGCAUAAGAGUAAAGUGCAUUCAAAGAACUUUCAAAACUAUAAGAUUUCAUUUUUUAAAAUGAAAAUUAUACUAAAAUAAAAUUAGAAUAAAUAGAAUUCAAUUAUUGUCAAUUAAAUGAGAGAACCUAAAAUUAAAUUGUUGCAAUCGAUAAUGAAAUGAAAAAUAUUGCUUUUGCAAUUAAUGGAAUAUAUGAAAGAAUUAAUUCUAAUACUUUGAAUUCUUAAACAAUACAAGAAAUUAAACCCAUUGAAAAACCUUAAGAAAAAUUUAAACCACUUCUAAUAAGUCAUAAAAUUUAAAAAUAAUUUUGUUUAAAAGAUUAAAUUGGAUAAAUCGAAAUUCUAUUUCGGCAUGUCUAAUUACUAUUCAAUCAUAUAUGUAAGACAUAUAAAUAUGAACAAAAAUUGGAAUCUUAAAAAUAAAAGUAAUAAUAGUAAUCAGAAUUAAAAAGAAAUAAUUCACAUGAACAAAAAACACCUUCUGAUAACAUAGAUCAACCAUAAAAUGUAUUUUAAUAAUAUAUUUAAUAAUAAAAACACUAAUAAUUAAAAUCAGAAGUUCAAAAUAGUGAUUAACUUUAGUAAUCAAUUUAAAAUCCUCAAAAUUAAUUAAAAAUUAAUUUCUAACCAAUUAUAUAAAUUAAUGAUGAGGCCUUUGGAGACACUAGGCUAUAUUUACAUUAAGGCAUAAAACCACUUCAUAUUUUAGGGAAAUGUAUAAAAUUGUUAUUAUAAUAGAACAUGGAAUGGACAUUCGACCAUAAGCUGAAAUGCAUUAGUUAUCUUCAAAAGUCAAACAAAUUUCAAAUCUGUUUUGUGACUCAGAUUUAAGACAAUAAUUAUUUGAAAAUAGCUAAAGUUGUAGACCAGAAUCAACAAAAAAUAGAUUUCCAAAGAUUAAUUCAAAAAGCUUUAAUUUUUCAAAUGAUGAUUAAUGA